GUGGGCCCCGCCCCGUGGCGGCCCGAUAGAGGAUUCCUUAAGCAAUCUGUAGCACUCUCUCCAGAUGGCCCGCUACGAGGAAGUCAAGGUGUCUGGGUUCGAGGAAUUCAGCGGGGCUGUGGAGCAGCACAGUGGCAAGACCAUUUUCGCCUACUUUACCGGUUCUAAGGACGCUGAAGGAAAAAGCUGGUGCCCCGACUGCGUGCAAGCUGAACCAGUCGUCCGAGAGGGUCUGAAGCAUAUUAAUGAAGGAUGCGUGUUCAUCUACUGCCAAGUAGGAGAAAAACCUUACUGGAAAGAUCCAAAUAAUGACUUCAGAAAAAAGUUGAAAGUAACUGCAGUGCCUACACUACUUAAAUAUGGAACACCUCAAAAACUGGUAGAAUCUGAGUGUCUUCAGUCCAGCCUUGUGGAGAUGUUGUUCUCUGAAGAUUAAGAUUUGAUGAUGGCAAUUGUAUCUUGAUUUCUUAAUCUUGCUCUAGAAAUGCAUACUUGCUUAUUAAAUAAACGAUGAUGUAAAAAAA